AUGGCCUCCGACAAGAAGGAUGCCUCGUUUCUGCGUAAACAACUCCCGGCUCUGCGGACCACCGACGCUCCCAUGCCCAACGUAUCCCCCUCGCGGUCUCGAACAGACCCUCCAGCUCCCGAACAGCAGCAUCACGAUAAAUCACACCUUCAUAGACGACUGCAUUCGAAUAGUAUUCGUCAUCGCGCGUUUACGGGCUCCAAGGAUCAUCAUCACCGGCAUAAGGCGAAGGAGACAGUUCAGUCGGCGAUAGAGCUCAAACCUCCCAUUAGCUUUGAUACUCUCCUUCGACGAGACAAAAAGAGCCCGGAUCUUAGUUCAAGAGGUGGUACGAAUGACAGGCCUCAUCAACCGCAGCAGGAUAAUGCAGCCAAUUGGGCAGCACAGCAUGCCAUUCAGACUCCAAAGAGAAAGGUCAGGCCGAUAGACGUGAAGCGGGUUAGAGAUCAAAAUGAGCAGCGCGAGGAAGAGCUCCGGGAGAGUCUCAAAACCGUCGAAGAAGCAGCCAUGAGCAGCACCCGUCAACUCGACGACACCUACUACUCGAUCCUCGAGAAAGCCUCCAUCCUCCGCUCCACGGUCGCCAGCCUCUCCCAACUCACCGACGAGUCCCGCCGCCUGCACGCAUCCUUCACCACCGACACCUCACAGCUCGUGUCGGAAACGAAACGCAACCUCAACGCCUUCGGCAACUUCGCCGGCCAGGAAUCCACCAUCAACACCCUCGUCGCCCACCUCAAGUCCUCCAAAGACCACACCAACGCGCUCAACGCGCGCCUCGAGGCCGCGCGGAACCGCAUCGAGGCGUACGAGAAGCGCGAGAAGGAGAAGCAGAAGAAGCGGAGGAAGAAUUGGUGGAUCGUGUGGGGGGUGCUGUUGGGGUUUGUGAUGUUGGUGUUGGGGGUGUGGACGGCGAAGCAUCGCAGUACGGUCGGGACGAGGAUCCAUCAUGUCGCGAAAGUGUUGGAUGAGUUUGGGAAUGAGAUUGCGAGUCCGAUUACGGCGGUGUUGAGGCCGACGAGUAGUCCCAGGGAGAAUGUGGCGCUGAAUCGGUUGUUUGAUGAGUUGUGA